GGAGGCGCGGGUGGAGAGGCAGAAGAGCCAGCCGGAUGAUGGGAUUUAACAGAGCUGCCUGAGCCUGCUCCUCUGCUUUAGCUGCACUCACCAGCCUCCCUGGCCGCUCAUCGCCCCAUCCCGCGUCGCUGCUCGGAGAUAGGCGGAACACCGACGCCUUGCUGCGGAGUCUUCCUGCCGGGCCGUCAGUACUGCCUCUCGAUGUUAUGGCUGUGGGGUUUGUGCUUCUCCUCUCCUUUCUGCUCCUGUCCCCACUCACUUCGGUGGGUGUGUCUCCUCCUUGUCCUGCAAACUGCCGUUGCUACAGCCUCACUGUGGAGUGUGGCUCCACUGACCUGAGGGACAUCCCCAGACUCAUUCCUCCUUCCACUCAGACCAUUUUCCUCCAGGACAAUGUGAUUAGUCAGAUUCGUCAAGUGGACCUCACUCGGCUGAAGCACCUUCAUUAUCUGUAUCUGCAGAACAACAGCAUCUCCGGUGUGGAGCCUGGCUCUUUUCAUGACCAAAGCCAGCUGUUGGAGCUCGCAUUGAAUGGGAACCGGAUCCACCUGCUAACACCUAACAUGCUUCAGGGGCUGGAACAGCUCCGCAUCCUGUACCUGUCAGGAAAUGACAUCACACGCCUACUGGACUACACCUUCCAGGGUUUACAACGUCUACAGGAGCUCCACUUGCAGCAGAACAGCAUCGAAAUGAUAGCAGACCAUGCCCUAGUUGGUUUGACCUCUCUAGCUCUGCUGGACCUAAGCAGGAAUAACCUUCACACCAUUGGUCCUGCAUCACUGAGGCCUCUUGUAAGCCUGCAGGUGCUGCGUAUCACAGAUAACCCUUGGCGCUGUGAUUGUGCUCUCCACUGGCUGAGGAGCUGGAUUGAUGAGGAUGGUCAGCGUCUGCUCAGCUCUGCGGAACGUCGGAUGGUCUGCAAUGAGCCACCACGUCUCUCCCGUCUCAGCCUUGUGGAAGUCCCACUAAACAGCCUAGUUUGUAUCCCUCCAGUAGUUCAGCUGGAACCAAGAAGGUUGGCAGUGCAUCUGGGAGAGAGCCUCAGGGUGUCCUGCCAUGCCUCUGGCUAUCCUCGGCCUCAAGUGACUUGGAAGAAAGCAUCCCAAAGUCAAGUAGUAGACUCUCCCAGAGGCCUGGUUCAGGAGCUGGGUACUGGAGGAGGUGAUGUAAGAGGAUCUGAAGAGCCGUCUGAAGGCAGAGUCAGCCUGCAGAAGACAGCUGGCGAAUUCUUUGAUCCCGACACUGGCAGUGGCAUGCUGUUUCUCAGUAAUGUGACUGUGGCACACGCGGGUUUUUAUGAAUGUGAGGCCUGGAAUGCAGGAGGUGUAGCCAGAGUGACCUUUCAGCUUGCCAUCAACUCAUCGUCUUCUUCCUCAAUUUGGGGCUCGUGGUCUCAGGUUUCCUCACCAUUCUCCCCAGCUUGGCCCCGGCUGAGAAACCACGGCCUAGUUUUGGGUUCUGAUGUAAGCCGAGAGCCCCUGUAUGCUCUGGGCAGCAUGGCCUUCAGUGCUCUGGGGGCUGCCACUCAGACUGCCAUUGCUGUGGGCAUCUCCCUGCUGGCUUUGACUGCUCUGCUACUGGUUGCAAUGAUCUACAGCCGACAUCACCAGCGAGACAAGGACGCCGAUGGUGCUGAAAAGCAGGAGGAGAGCAUCCUGUACGUGAAUGACUACUCUGAUGGCCCCACCACCUUUGCCCAGCUAGAAGAGUACCGGGACGAGCAAGGCCAUGAAAUGUAUGUACUGAACAGAGCCAAACCUGUGUUUACACCUGCUCCACCUACAGCUGUCUCCACCACUAAUCUGGAUUGCCAUGCAUCAUCUGACAGCACCAGCCAAACACUUUCCAUUGGGCCAAGCAAAAUUACAAAUCCCACUGCCCCUCAGAACAAACAAGAGCAGGAGAUUGACAUCCGAACCACGAGAAGAAUGGCAGGGGAAGGAGGGGAAGCAGAGCCUAUGAUCACAUCAGAGGCUGAAGGAAUAUUUUUCAACCACACAGGUGUGUUUAUGGAAUCUCAGAUAGCUUAUGAGAUCCACUGCUGAAGGACUGCAGAGCUACAGACUGUUUUCGUCUUAACUGAAAAACUGGUCCUACUCAGAUCCAUGCUGAGAGGUUCCUUUAUACAAGAACGUCAUACAUCCUAACAAGAUGAAGCUCACAACCUGAAAGCAAUGACAUCAUUAAUGGAUGUAAUUCGUAUACUUGUGUGUGCUGAAUGCUACUAAAGACUGCUUUUUGUUGUUUUUUGAACGUUUUUGAUUGGGGUUGUCCCAAUCUUUAUAGGGGUGUACUGUACAUGGCCUUGACAUCAGAAAUAAUUGUUAAAUCUGAAUCAACCUUGUGUAAAGUAGACCUCUGUUACCUAGCAACCAUGACAGUGUAGCACAGGGAUAUGAACCUGUAAAUAUGAAGCCUGAACUUUUGCUCAGUUUUCUUCUUCAUUUAAUCCUUGAGGAACUCCAGCAGUUUUACAGUUGUUGCAGGCAUUUUGUGAAAGAUGAUCAAAUUAUAAAUUUCCA